CAGAUCAUAUCAAAAAGCAUUUUCUGAAUCGAAAUUUAGAUACUUUUUCAUCGCGGAUACACGUACAAAGCUGCUGUAGUCUACAGCACAUACUCACCACACGCUCUACAGCCGAUAUUGCUAUAAGAUCAUUCUCAAACUAAAAGCUGAUGGAAAGACUAACUGUUUCCUUAUGGAUUAAUAACUAAUCAAUAAAGGUCAAAACGUUUUUCCCAAACUGUUCUAAUUGAGAAUGUAAAAAAGAUGCUGUUGAAUUUAAAAAAGACAGGUUGAAUCGGGAAAGAUGCCCAUCGCGUAUUAAUACGAGCACAGCAGUACUGUGCUUUACACUUCGUUUACUAUCAAUAAAUUCAAUCUGUCACGUUAUCUUAAUGCCUCGAACAUACGUCAAAAAAGGCCAAGGGUCGCGUUAUUCAAAUGAUGAUUUUCAAGCCGCUCUGAAAGAGAUUUCGGAAGUCAGUACGAUCCAUGCCGCUGCAAAGAAGUACAAGAUCCCGUAUUCGACGUUGCAACUUCAUUCUAAUUCACCCCCUACGCAUCGUUAUGCUGGACGACCUACUCGUUUUACCGAUCUAGAAGAAACAUUUUUGGUUGGUGCAGCAACAGUUUUACAGGAAUGGGGAGCACCAAUCACAUCUGCUGAAUUAAUUAAAAUGGCUACAUGUUUUGGAGAAGAUCUUCGAAAAACAUUCCUUCGAGGGAAACCAACUCGUGAAUGGUAUUCUUCAUUUAUGGUACGACAUCCGGAACUAAAACCAGUCAAACCUAUCCCCCUUCAAUUACCACGUUCAAAAAUCACAAUGUCAAUAAUUGAUAAAUGGUUUACACUAUUAGAACAGGUUUUAAAUGAUAAUGAUUUAAUCGAUAAACCCUCACAAAUCUUUAAUUGUGAUGAAUCCGGGUUUUGUGAUCGAACAGAUAUUAGAAAAGUGAUUAUUGUCAGUCCAACGAAAUUCCCAUACAAAAAACAAGCGGGAACAGGUGGAAAAUGA